AUGGACGCUUCUGUUGAUGCUCGGUCGCCACCGAGACCUGCGGCGAAUGCUGAGGCGGAGAACGCUGCACUUGCAGUUCAGGUUCUUGAAACAAAACAGGAGAAAGAUGGUGUUGUUGAAGCAGUUGCGCACGAUGACGAUGGCCCUGCGAAGUCGAAGUCGCCUCAGGCUGGCUUGAAAAACUAUUUUCGAGUCUUUUCGUAUGGAACUGCGUUCGACUUUGUACUCAUAGCGCUGUGCAGUAUUACUUCGAUAGGUUCAGGAAUCGCAUUCCCGCUGAUGAACGUCGUAUUUGGACAAUUAGUGGGCUCAUUUACGACUUACUUCAUUCCAGGUACAACGAUGACAUCUCGUGAGUUUCAAGCAGAGGUCAACAGACUCACACUGUAUCUGGUGUGUCUUUUCAUCGCCAAGUUCUUCCUCUCAUACAUUUCAAUGCUCACCAUUCGAAUCAGUGGUCUCCGAAUCUCUGCUGCAUUGCGACUCGCAUACUUGCGUGCUUUGUUCGCACAGCCAGUCAGCGUCAUCGAUACUAUAAGUCCUGGAAAGGUGUCAACUCGUAUCACAACCUCUUCCAAUACCGUCCAGCUCGCCAUUUCCCAGGAAUUUGCUAUGCUGUUCCAAUCACUCACGCUUGUCAUUGGAGCCUACGUCGUAGCGUUCAUCAAGAGUCCGUUGCUCACGCUGGUUGCCUCAGCCUCGCUUCCGUUCAUCCUGGUGGUUUACGGUGCGCUGUUCCCGCCAUUCAUGCGAAUACACAAGAUCACGGAGAAGCACCACGAUGAUGCUUCUGCCAUGGCAUUUGAGAUGUUCUCGUCCAUUCGCAUUAUCGUUGCGUUCGGUGCAGAGGCGAAACUGGCAAGACAGCAUGAAGAUAUGCUGGACAAGGCUGCGAAGAAUGAAAGAAAGGCCGCUCCUCUGAUGGGGCUUAUGAUGUCACCUAUGAUGGUUGGACAGUAUGGUACUUUUGCCAUUGCCUUUUGGUUUGGUAUCAAGCGAUACUCCGAAGGCAAAGAGGCGAACGUUGGGAUGAUAACAGUGGUGCUGUUUUCGGUGAUGAUGGCGCUGAUGAAUAUCAACAGGGUCGUUUCUCCGAUGAUUGCUAUCACAAAGGCUGCAACUGCCGCUACCGUACUGUUCGUCACCAUUGAUGCACCGGUUCCCAAUACCGCCGGGCUGAAAGAGCCGGAUAUCACUGCAGAUGCUGAUAUUACAUUCGAUAAUGUGUGCUUUUCUUACCCCAGCCGACCGGACGUCCAGAUUCUCAAGGGCCUUGAUCUUGCAUUCGAAGCUGGCAAAGUCACUGCUAUUGUUGGUCCAUCUGGAAGUGGGAAAUCGACCAUUGUAGGUUUGGUACAGCGAUGGUACGAUCUCAGUUGUAUGACAGCUUUAGCCGUACCUGCAACCCAGAUAUCCACCUCAUCCUCUGCAACCGAAGUGACUCAGGAGAAGAAGGCCGAAGAAAGCAAGAACAAGGAAGAAGAGCCUGAAUUGGGACCCAACACAUGCACGGGAAAUAUAAAGAUUGGCAGCACUGACCUCAGCCAAGUCGAUCUCAAGUGGUGGCGAUCUCAAAUCGGUCUCGUCCAACAAGAACCCUUCCUCUUCAACGACACCCUCUACAACAACGUCGCGUUCGGUUUGAGUGGUACAAGCUAUGAAGGCUUGCCCAAAGAGGAAAAGAUGAAAAUGGUGGAGGAGGCGUGCCGGGAAGCCUAUGCCGAAGAAUUCAUCACAAAGCUACCCGACGGAUACGAUACCAUGGUGGGAGAAAGUGGCAUCAAGUUGUCAGGCGGGCAACGACAGCGUAUCUCAAUCGCAAGGAGUAUCAUCAAACAACCACCUGUAUUGAUUCUGGACGAAGCAACAAGCGCCAUCGAUGUUAGGACUGAGCGUAUUGUUCAGCAAGCACUGGAUCGCGUCUCCAAGAACAGAACCACCAUCGUCAUUGCCCAUCGCCUUUCUACUAUCAGAAGAGCGGAUAAGAUUGUUGUCUUGCGUCAAGGAAAACUCGUAGAGCAAGGUACACAUGAAGAUCUGCUGAAAAUUGACGCGGGUGUCUACUACGGUCUGGUUCACGCACAAGAGAUUGCCAUGGAAGCUGAGCAUACUGAUGACGACAAUGUACUGGAAAAGGUCAAAACUACUCGAUCUGAGGUCAUCGAGGAGCAUACCGUGAGCAGUCAUACUUCCGAAUCCGCGGAACCGGAGUAUAAGCAACAGGGUCUUCUCAGAAGCUUUGGUCGACUAAUCUAUGAGCAACGUCAGCACUGGAUCCUAUACGCGCUCGCUAUUGCAGGCAUCUUGGCAAGUGGCGCUGUCUUCCCCCUUCAAGCUUGGAUCUUCGCCAGCGUCAUCAAUGUGUUUACACUGCCAAUGAAUGAACUUGUCAGCCAAGGUAACUUCUGGGCAGGCAUGUUCGGUGUACUGGCAGCAAGCAACUUUUUGUCAUACUUCACCAUGGGUGCGGCAUGCCAACUCAUUGCAAUUACAGUCACGCUCAAGUACAGACAAGAGUACCUGGACAACCUUAUUCGGAAACGCAUCGCAUUCUUCGACGACCAGGGGCACAGUCCCGGCUCCCUGACCGCAAGCUUGAGUUCAGAUACGACGCAGAUUCAGCAGCUGACGGCGACGGAAAUGUCCAUGGCGCUCAUUGCUGUUGUCAAUCUCGUGGGAUGUAUCAUCAUCUCAUUCGUCUACGGUUGGAAACUCUCUCUCGUCGGCCUCUUUGCUGCUCUCCCGCUCAUUCUCGCUGCCGGCUACCUCCGCGUGCGUCUCGAGAUGGAGUUUGCAAAGACAAACGCCAAAGUGUUCGAAAAUAGUAGCCAGUUUGCUGCUGAAGCUGUUGGCGCUUUUCGUACUGUACUCAGUCUUAUCAUGGAGGAUAUGAUCGGGAAUCGGUACGAGUCACUACUACAGGGCCAUGUUACAAAGGCCUUUUCAAGCGCAAAAUAUAGCACUGUAGUCUUUGCAGCGAGUGAUAGCGUUGAACUGGGGGUUAUGGCACUUACGUUUUGGUAUGGUGGUACUUUGCUUGCGUCUCGAGAGUACAAUAACGCCGACUUCUUCGUCAUCUAUCAAGCAAUCGUACAAGGCGCCAUCGCAGCGGGCAUGUUUUUUUCUUUUGCACCCAACAUGGCCCAGGCGACGGCUUCCGCGAACCGCAUUAUCAGCAUGCGUCCGCAAAAUACCUCAGGCCCUUCCAAAUACCAGCCGUUGGAACAAACUACCCAAGGCGGAAGUAUCGAGUUCCAGAACGUAUAUUUCACAUACAAGUCGCGCGAAGUACCCGUCCUAUCCAACCUCAACAUACACGUCCGCCCAGGCCAAUUCGCCGCUCUUGUAGGCGCCUCCGGCUGCGGCAAAUCAACGAUCAUCUCGCUCCUCGAGCGCUUCUACGACGCAUCAUCCGGUCGUAUCCUCUUCAACGGCCAGGACAUCACCUCGCUCAACGCAUCCGAAUACCGCAAGCAAAUCAGCCUCGUCAGCCAAGAACCCACACUCUACGAGGGUACAAUCCGUGAAAACAUCGCGCUAUCCGUCGACGCCGCAAGCGACGAGGAUAUCGAGAAGGCGUGUCGUGACGCCCAGAUACACGACUUCAUCACCUCGCUUCCGAAUGGGUAUGAGCAGCGGCUGGGGCCAAAGGGCUUGUCGUUGUCUGGGGGUCAAAAACAACGGUUGUCGCUUGCGCGUGCACUGCUUCGUAAGCCUAAACUCUUGUUACUGGAUGAGGCGACUUCUUCGCUGGACUCGGAGUCGGAGAAGUUGGUGCAGGAGGCUAUUGAGCGUGCUGCGGGAGAGGGGAGUAAAACGGUUAUUGCGGUUGCGCAUCGUCUUGCUACGAUUCAAAAGGCGGAUGUUAUCUUUGUGAUGGGGAGUGGUAAGGUAUUGGAGAGGGGUGACCAUCAGAGUUUACUGAGGAAGAGGGGAGUUUAUUGGCAGAUGUGUCAAGCUCAAGCAUUAGAUGGUUGA